AUGUCUUAGCUUGCUUCAAUUGGUAUAGACUUUGGAAGUCAAAGGUCAGUGAUUGCUGCUGCUCUCAGAGGAGGUGUAAAGAUUUUAGACAAUGAGGGAGCUCAUAGGGAAACAUAAAAUGUUAUAGGAUUUACUGCUGAAGAACGAUUUAUUGGUGAAUAAGGAGCACUAUAAUAGAAGUCCAAUUUCAAAAAUUCUAUUGGAUUUUUUAAUAGGUUUCUAGGAAUUCAAGGAAAACAAGCAUUUCUUGCUGAGGAAAUGAAAUGGUUAACAGUUCCUACAUCAAUCCAUGAAUCUGGAAAAACACUAUUUGAAGUGACUUACCUUGGGUAAAAGGCUAACUUCACUCCUGAAUAGUUGACAGGCACUAUGCUAAAUAAAUUGAAGCAUAUUAUCUAAUUAAACGACAUCAAUAUUUCAUCAAGUAAUGUGUGUAUAAGUGUACCUGCAUAUUACACAGAAUCAGAAAGAAAAGCACUUAUUGAUGCUUGCAAAAUAGCAGACAUUCCACUAGAGAGAUUGCUGAAUGAAACUACUGCAAUAGCUAUUAAUUAUGGGCUUUUUAGAAAAACAGAGUUAGAUCCAAAGACACCAAGAAAUGUAGCAUUUGUUGAUUUAGGUCAUUCUAAAUUUUCAGCAUUUGUUGGUUCAUUUUACAAAGAAAAAGCUUAAGUUUUGGCCUAAGUUUGCGAAAGAAAUUUAGGAGCUAGAGAUAUAGAUUGGGUUUUAUUUGAGAAAUUUGCAACUUAAUUUGAAAUAAAAACAAGCGGAUUGAGUGUUAGGAAAAAUGCUAAGGGAAGAUUACGUUUACUAGAAGCAAUAGAGAAAGCUAGAAAGGUCUUGUCUGCAAAUUCUGAAGCUUAAAUUAAUGUUGAAUAUUUAGUUGAAGAUGAGGAUUUUAAUACUCUAAUAAAAAGAGAUGAAUUCGAAUAAUUAGCUUAACCUGUUUUAUUGUAGAUAUAAGCACAACUUGAAUUGUUGUAUAAUUAGGUUUAAAACUUAAAAUUAUAACUGCAUUCAGUUGAAAUAGUAGGAGGAGCAACUAGAAUACCAGCUGUAUAGCGAUUGAUUGAGAAAAUAUUCAAAAUUGAAUAAGUUUCAAGAACUUUAAAUGCAAGUGAAUCAAUUUCAAGAGGAUGUGGAAUGAUGGCUGCAAUGAGAAGCCCAAACUUUAGAGUUACUGAGUAUAAAAUAGAAGAUUGCAAUUACUAUCCAAUAAGAGUUGGUUGGCUUUAUGAUCAAAAACUGAAUAAAUUAGAUUAAAGUAAGGGUUUGGCGAGAUGUUUCCCUGAAAAAUAAUGUAAAAUUUUGUUUGAAUAAAACAAUCCAAUUCCUUCAAUCAAAAGUUUCACUUUAAUGAAAACACAGCCAAUUUAAUUAACUCUCUUUUAUGAUCCAGUCCCUCAAGGGUUUGAUCCAAUUAUAUAAUAAGUACAAGUUCCUCCUCUAGUUCCCAAACACAAAGAGCAUACAACUAAAAUAAAAGUGUUGCUUGAUUAGAAUGGUCUAUUAAACUUAGAAGAAGUCGUAUUAAUAGAAGAAUUUAUGGAAGAUGUCAAAGUACCUGUUGAAAAAUAAAAGUUAACUACUUCUGAAAAGUAAGAAGAAGGUUAAUAGUAAUAAAAAGAUGCACAAGUACAAAAGGAGGUUAAGGUAGAAGAACCAGAAUAUGAAAUAAAAUAAAAAAAGAAAACUAUACAAAGUUAAGUGAACUGUGAGACUACUUGUUUAUAUUCUUUAACAAAGAAAGAGAUCGAUCAUUAUUUCUAAUAAGAGUGUGAAAUGCUUAAUAAUGAUAAUUAAAUUCAUGAAACUCAAUUCAAAAAGAAUCAAUUGGAAUCUUAUAUUUAUUCUUGGAGGGAAAAUUUGAAUGGAAAAUAUGCAGAAAAUGUUAAACCUGAAUUAAAGGAAAGAAUUUUAAAAGAAUUAGACCUCCAAUAUGAAUGGUUAUAUGGAGAUGGCUAAAAGACUACAAAGAGAGAAUAUUCUGAUAGAUAUGACAGGCUUGUUUCUUUAUGUGGUCCAAUAGCCACAAUAGCAGAUGAGUAUAGACAAAUACCUGAAGUCAUUUAAGAAGUUUAAAAAUAUAGUUUAAUUUAUGAAAACUUUGUAAAUUCAUAAGAUUAACAAUAUGCUCACAUUUCGAUAGAAGAGAGAAAUCUUGUUGCAAAUGAAUUAAAAUUAUUCAAUUAAUGGUGCUAUAAUACAAUAGAGUUAUUGAAAAAUGCUGAUAAAACAGUUAGAUUUGCUAUCUCAGUUUAACAGGUUAAUACAAAAUAUGUAGAAUUAUAACAGAAAUGUCAACCAAUUGUAACUAAACCUAAACCAGAAUCCAUAAAGGAAGAAAAGGUUAUCGAUGACACCAAAUAAUAAUAAUAAAAUAAUGUUAAUGGAAAUAAAAUGGAAACUGAAUGAUUAAUUAUUUAUGUUAUGUAGAUAAAUAUAUAUUGGUAUAUUUAAUUUC